AUGCUGACGACCAGCGGCAAGCCUGCGCCACCACAGGCGUUCAUAUCGACGUAUGCCCCGCGGCUGCGAGCAUAUGGCAACUCCCUCCUUGCGCCUGUUGUCCCUCCGUCCAAUACUCUCCCUCCACCACGUACCACCAAGCGUGGGACUACGGCUAUCAAUUACGCGGAAGACGGCUUCGAUGAUGACGAUUUUGAGGAUAGCGAAGGUCCGCGACGUGCGACUGGAUUGCGAAGUCUACGAAGAGACGAAUCAAAUGUGGACAAGUCUGCACAGAUUGCUGCCCUAGGAAAAGAACUCUCCGCGCCAGUAGAGGUUCAAGGGAUAUGGCGAGAUUGGAUGGGAAGGCCGAAGCGCACCCUGACGGAAAAGCAAGUCCAGAUUCAAGCUGCCCUUCCAGUAACACUUAUCCCCAUACGAAUAGACUUAGAUGUCCAACCAUUCCGUCCUGAAGCGCCGUUGCCGAUGCCUGCCAAUGCCCGCGAUUUCGGCAUCGACGAGAACCAUGUAGCCUAUAAACAGCCAGACAUGACACCAGCAUAUCGGUUGAAGGAUGCCUUCUUAUGGAACCUUCAUGAAGCGAUGACAACACCGGACCAGUUUGCCAAAGUCCUAGUGGAUGAGCUUGACUUUCCCGCCGACAGGAAGGGAGCCCUCAUACAGAAUAUUGCGACGCAAAUACGACAGCAAUUGGAAGAAUAUGCAGGAGUAGCGCUCCACCCGUUGUUCCACUCCGCUCCUACGAUGGGGCCAGAUGGCAAUGCGGUCAAGCCAAGUUUGCCAGCCAUCUCACGAGACGGGACCUCGACGCCGGCAGCUCCACCUACAAACGGCGCGUCUAUACCCGCACGAAACGGAACGGACGCGGCGGAGGCUAAUCCUGCCUCCACAGCUGCCCCCCAGGGGAUUACUGCAACAGCCGCAGCGCUCCCCUCGGAAGACCUCCAUAACCCAGACGAUACGUAUCGCUGCAUAAUCACAUUGAAUAUCAACCUCAUGAAUCGUCUGUACAGCGACAAGUUUGAAUGGUCGCUAUUACAUCCCCCGGGGUUCGCCGAGAUGUUUGCGAAAGUGACAUGCGCGGACCUUGGACUUGCGGGUGAGUGGGUGCCUGCCAUGACACACGCCAUCUACGAAGCCGUGCUGCGGCUCAAGAAGGAGGCAUGCGAGAAUGGUGGGCUUGUGGGCGAUGGAGAUAUUGACAAUGACGCCGUUGAUCCAUAUAUUGGCGCCGGCUGGCGGUACGAUCAUGAACACUUGUGUGAUGAAUGGGAACCAAAGGUCGAGAUUCUAUCAAAGGAAGAGAUAGAGAAGAGAGAAGGCGACAGAGAGCGGCAGAUCCGUCGGCUACGCCGGGAGACGGCGCGGUUCUCCUCUACCACGAACAUGGCGGGCACACCCCAGAACGACUUCUUCGCGAACCCCGAACAGCAAGAGGGCAUGGGCCGAGGCGAGCGGAGUAAGAAGAAGAGGCGGUUCAGGAGCUUGAGUCCUCUCGGUCGGGAGACGCCAGAUACUGGGUCGGGAUAUGGAGGGCAAGGGGGAGGCUUACAAGACUGGGAGCGACAAACCUGGCGAUGCACACACUGCUUUAUCUGGGGUUCUGCUGUUUGGGCCGUACGGGAUGGACCCAAAGGCCCGAGAACUCUCUGUGCGAACUGCGGCUAUCUGUACGAGAGAGACAAGAAAUUGCCGCCGUGGUCCGCCAACCUCUUCUACUACGAUCGACCGACCUACGACGUGCGACCGUAUGCAAGAUAA